GAUCACCUUCCUUCUCCUCAUCCUCCUCCAUGGCUAAGAUACCACGCAACUUCCGCCUGCUCGAAGAGCUCGAGAAGGGCGAGAAAGGCAUCGGCGAUGGCUCAUGCUCGUAUGGUCUCGAAGACGGAGACGACAUCCUCAUGAGCCACUGGAACGGAACCAUCAUCGGACCAGGACACACCGUACACGAGAACCGAAUCUACAGUCUCAAGAUCACCUGUGGCGAGACGUACCCCGACCGCCCACCGACCGUCCAGUUCGUCUCGCGCGUCAACCUCCCGUUCGUGAACCAGACCGAUGGCACGGUCGAUACGUCCAAGCUUCCCGUUUUAGCGCACUGGAACAGGAAUAGCAGCAUCGAGACGGUAUUAGUCGAGAUUCGACGGGAGAUGUCCUCUUUCAACAACCGCAAGCUUCCCCAACCCGCCGAAGGCUCGACGUUCUGAUCGCUCAUCUUCCUCGACCACCUCACAUUUCACAUCUCACGAUUCACGACCAUACAUACAUAAUAUCAUUGAUAUUUGAGCAUACUGUAUCCCCGCCUUUGCCUCCCGUUUUCUGACACGGGGCUAGGCGCUGAAGCAGGACAUGAAAGCAAAGAAGUAGCAUCUGUUGUUGUUGUUGUUGUCGUUGUUGUUGUUGUUGUUGUUGUUGUUCAAUAUUAUCAUCUGUCUGUCUGCC